GCACCCGUAGCAGUCGCACAUGUGACACGUUGUAUUGCGUUGUAUAAGCUGUACUUUCUACUUAUCAUCAGCUGUGUCACGACGGUGCGAUCAGUCCAUUCUGUUACUUACAAGAGGGUUCAUCGCUGAAAUGGAUUUUUUUUUGCUCGGCGCGAUUAUUAUCGGUUGCUCCUCAGUGAUACUGUUCGCGAUGAGAAGAUACUUUUCGCCUCGAGGGACGAAGUUGCCGAAGUUACCGGAGACCUGGUGGACACCGGGCACCGAGAGCUCUGUCAACAAUGAUAUCAGACCGUUCAAAGUUACCUUCACCGAAGAGGUCAUAAAGGAUUUGAAAUAUCGAUUAAAUCAUACUAGACCUCUGACCCCGCCGUUAAAGGACGUUGCCUGGACUUACGGCACUAACACCGACGCCCUGCGCAAAUUUCUAGAUCACUGGUCGAACAAUUAUAAUUUCGAGGAACGUGAGAGAUAUAUAAAUCAGUAUUCACAUUUUAAAACGAAUAUCCAAGGAUUAGAUAUUCACUUCAUCCAUGUGAAACCAAGUACUACAGAGGGAAAACGCGUUUUGCCAUUGUUAAUUGUACAUGGAUGGCCCGGCUCCAUAAUAGAAUUUUACAAGAUCAUUCCAUUCCUGACUUCGCCAAAACCCGAGUACGAUUUUAUAUUUGAGGUGGUAGCACCUUCGCUGCCUGGAUUCGGUUUCUCCAGCGCAGCUACAAUACCUGAACUUUCGGCUCUUCAAAUGAGUGUGGUUUUGAAGAAUCUCAUGUUGAGGCUUGGCCACGAUAAGUAUUACGUUCAAGGCGGCGAUUGGGGUGCCUCCGUCAUUCACACUAUGUCAUGUUUAUAUCCGCAACACGUCUUGGGUAUGCAUUCCAACUUGUGCACAGUAUUCAGUAAGUGGACUCUCCUGAGCUCAGAAUUGAAAUCAGCAUUGCGCCUUCCUUCUUUCUUGCCUUGGGCGAAAACUAAAAAAGCUCCUGGUUUCGGGCUCCUGGCAGAGACUGGAUAUUAUCAUAUCCAAGCUACAAAGCCAGAUACAGUUGGGGUCGGUCUGAACGACUCACCUGCUGGUUUGGCAGCGUAUAUCAUCGAGAAAUUUUCAACCGGCACAAAUCCGUCUUACAAAAAGAGGGCGGAUGGUGGAUUUCUGGAGAAGUUUACGUAUGAUGAGUUGAUCGAUAACCUGAUGAUCUAUUGGGUAUCGAAUAGCAUCACUACAGCCAUGAGAAUAUACGCUGAACUGUAUACUAAGUCGAACAGGUCCUUGUCGGCACUCCUGGAAUCAACGCCGAUAAAGGUUCCCAGCGCUUGCGCGCAGUUUCCCCACGAAAUCAUGGAGCAAGAUCCAAGUAAAUUGAGAGAACGAUUCGUGAAUCUUUUGCGCGCCACCAAAAUGCCUCGAGGGGGCCAUUUCGCGGCGUUCGAAGAACCCGAAUUACUCGCAGACGACAUAUGGAACUCUGUCGACGAGAUGGAGAAGUGGAACAAGAAGCACAGGGAAACAGUAAUUUGCGAACAAGAAAGGAGCAAACUGUAAUUCGUAAACUGAAAGAGCGUAAACGUGUGUGCCAUUCCAGAACGAAAUAAAUUACGAGAAAAUGUUUAUUUUUAACUUUUAUAAAGAUUUUACAGUAUGCUUAGCUUAUAUAUAAGAGCAAUAUAUAUAUUUUAUAUUCAUUAUUGUUGAAAGGGUGUGUUCUCGAAAGGGAUUCUCAACUUUUUAUUUUGAAUAAGUUUAAGAUACGUUCUAACAACUAUUUUAACAAUGUUUCGUUGCAUAAACGUUAGAAAUGUAUAUUGAGAAAAAUAUAUACAUAUUAUUAUGCGAGAUAAA